AUGCUACUUCUUAUAAUCCUUAGCCUUGCUGGAUACUCGCUGGCUCUCGGUUCAAUACAAUCCGUGGCGGUUACCGGAAUUUUGGAAUGCAAUGGAAAACCAGUCACUGACGCCAAGUUGAAACUCUAUGAUGAGGAACUUCUUGGAACGUGGGAGUUAGAGGAAAGAAAAGAAACUAAUGAAACCGGCGGAUUU